AUGUCAUCCAUGGGACCCUUCCAUCAGCUGCGCAGGUGUAAGUACACUUUCCCCUACUUCUCAUCCUGGGGGGAAAAAAAUGGGUACGGGACUCCGUACGCGGCACCGUGCGGCUACCCAGUGAACCCGCGACACGUUGAUCUUCAGUUCCGAUUCUGCCGAGCCAAUUUUACCGAGCCUGCCACACGUCGUCAACUGAGUGGACAGCUGUGCAUGCAUCGGCUUACGAUAUCUGAGUCUGAGAUCAGAAAAGAACAAGAUAACAAAGGGGAAAGGUGCGACGUGCGAGCAAUGGACGCUGACGCCGGGCCAGAGCGAUACGGGUGCGCGCACUACAGGAGGAAAUGCAAGAUACGGGCGCCGUGCUGCGGCGAGGUAUUUGACUGCAGGCACUGCCACAACGAAGCCAAGGAUUCACUUGAGGUCAGCAUCCAAGACCGCCACGUGGUUCCCCGUCACGACAUCAAGCUGGUUAUCUGCUCGCUCUGCGAUAAAGAACAGGAUGUACAACAAGAUUGUUCAAAUUGUGGAGCAUGUCUCGGUAAAUACUUCUGCGCGAAAUGCAACUUCUUCGAUGAUGAUGUAUCAAAGAAUCAGUUUCACUGUGAUGGAUGCGGCAUAUGUAGAACUGGUGGUGCAGAGAAUUUCUAUCACUGUGAUAAAUGCGGUUGCUGCUAUACCUCUCUGUUGAAGGAUUCUCACCAUUGCGUGGACAGAGCUAUGCAUCACAACUGCCCCGUAUGCAUUGAGUAUCUAUUCGACUCGACGAAAGCUAUCAGUGUGCUCCAUUGCGGACACACGAUUCACCUGGAAUGCCUGUACGAGAUGAGAACGCAUCAGCAGUUCUCAUGCCCGGUUUGCCUGAGGUCUGCCUGCAACAUGUCCGACAUAUGGCAAAAGCUCGAUCAAGAGGUUGCAGCGUCCCCGAUGCCGGCGAUUUAUCAGAAGAAGAUGAUAUGGAUCCUUUGCAACGACUGUGGCAUGACGUCGAACGUGCACUUCCACAUCUUGGCGCACAAGUGCCCUGGAUGCAGCUCUUACAACACCCGGCAGACGAGGGGCGAUCCAGCUGCAUGCUCCAGAGUUUGA